AUGCCUGAAUCCAUCCCUAUCGCGACAACAGAACCUGAGGUUCCUCCAGGCGAGGAUAUAGGUUCGUCGCCCAAGUCACCGAAAUCUCAAUUCAGUAAACAUAUUCUGUUGACCACCUACCCCGGCCAAAACGGUGUCGACCCUGUGCCGUUACAAUGGGGAGCUCCGGACGCAAAGUCCCGUGGCCCAAUCGUAGCCUCACGUCACCCAUCGCAACUAAAACGUCGAAAUGCUAUGGGCGCUCACGGAGGCAGUUAUAGUAUAUACAAUGCUUUAGCUAUUGCCGCCGGCGAUCUACCUACAGACUUCAAGCCAGAUUUUAACAAUACCGAACCAACUUUUGAUUUUCCAGUUCAGCCGGCGUGGAGUGAUCCCAAGAAGAUUGUUUCGCUCGACCCGUUCGGUCAUGAUAUUGUGAAGCAUUUCAAGAGUUACCUAGAUGUCGGUUGGGAUCUGCGGCCAUCAAUGGCUAUUACUCGUGCGAAUAUGCGAUUGUCUGAGAUUGAGAAGGCGGUUAGCGAGGGUCAAAUUGAAGUCGAUGGGUCAAUCGUCAUUGGUAAGAAUGGAGAUGUACGGGUAACCAAAGUAGCAGUUGAGCCGGUUUGGUAUUUGCCGGGUGUUGCCGAGCGAUUCGGUGUUGACGAAAGCUUGCUACGUCGGACGUUGUUUGAGCAUACUGGAGGCAGUUAUCCUGAGCUCAUUACACGGCCCGACCUUAAAGUCUUUCUUCCUCCAAUUGGGGGGUUGACUGUCUACAUUUUUGGGCCCCCGGAGCGAGUGUCAGAUGAAAAUGUGAAGUUGGCUCUGCGAAUUCACGACGAAUGCAACGGUAGCGAUGUGUUUCAGUCUGAUAUCUGUACCUGCCGACCAUAUCUCGCCUUUGGAAUUCAAGAAGCUAUCAAGGAGGCUCAGAACGGCGGUAGUGGUGUUGUAAUAUAUUUCCGGAAGGAGGGUCGAGCCCUUGGCGAGGUCGUGAAAUAUCUGGUAUAUAAUGCUCGAAAGCGUGGUGGUGAUACUGCGGACAAGUAUUUCGAGAGAACCGAGAAUGUUGCCGGUGUUCGCGAUAUGCGCUUCCAAGCUCUCAUGCCGGAUAUCCUCCACUGGCUUGGCAUAACAAAGAUUGACCGGAUGUUGUCCAUGUCCAACAUGAAACACGACGCCAUUGUCGCUCAAGGCAUCAAGAUUCUUGAACGAAUUCCAAUUCCAGAAGAUAUGAUUCCUCAAGACUCCAGGGUUGAGAUCGAUGCCAAGAUCAACGCUGGCUAUUUCACGACGGGCAAGACGUUUACAAUGGAAGAAUUGGCACAGGUCAAGGGCCGUGGAUGGGAGAAAUGGGAGGAUGUUACGCAUUAA